AUGUCACCUCUGGAAUGUUCUGAGUAUUUGGAUGACCAGCUUCGGCAUCACACCUAUACCUGGCACCUCACGCUGAACUUCUGGUCAAAUUUUACAAGUAACAAAGGUACCAGAUCUGAAAACUUGAAAAUUCCAUUUAGUGUGGUUCUGCCUCAGAGGGGCACAACUGAGCCGUUCCUGAGGCUCCAUAACUUGUACACCAGCCCGAGGUGUGCGCGGCAGGCCGCCCUGCCCAGGGUGAAUGGCAGGAUCGUCAGCCAGCACUCAUACCCACUGAACCGCUUCUCCUCGGUGCCCUUGGAUGCCAUGGAGCGCCCCACCUCCCAGGCCGAUCUGGAGCUGGAUUACAACCCACCCCGGGUCCAGCUCAGCGACGAGAUGUUCGUCUUCCAGGACGGGCGGUGGGUGAACGAGAACUGCCGUCUGCCGUCUCCUUACUUCUCGCCAUCCUCCUCCUUCCACCACAAGCUGCAUCACAAGCGCAUGGCCAAGGAGUACCUGUUGCAGGAAGAAAACAAGUCCCUGCGUGAGGAGAACAAGGCGUUGCGCGAGGAGAACAGGGCCCUCCACAAGGAGAACAAGAUCUUGCAGGCCUUCUGGGAGGAGCACAAAGUCACGCUGGGCCUCCAGGACAGCAGGACCUCCCCACCACCACCGCACAAGGACAACGGGACCCUCGAGGUGGUGAAGAAGGACAACGCCACCCUGCAGGUGAACCGCAGCAAGGAGGGCAACACCCUGCAACUCCUCCGAGAGGAGAACCGUGCCCUACAGCAGCUGCUGGAGCAGAGGAAGGCCUACUGGGCGCAGGCGGAGGACAAGGCAACCCCUGCCGAGGAGAACAAGGUGGCCACCUCGCCCCACAGCGAGCCCCACAGCCCCGGGCUACUGCCCGAGCAGGCCACGGGCCUCUCCUCGCCCUUCGAGGAGCCCAAAGGGCACCCGGGCCCGCAGGAUGACUCCAAGACUCUCCGUGUCCUGCGCGAAAUGGUCAGCAACCUGGCGAGCGCCUCCGGUGAGGAGGAAGGGAGCCAGGGCUCCGGGGGCCUGCAGGCCGAGGCCCAGACCCUACAGCUGCUGCGGGAGAUGAACCAGGCUCUGCAGGCCCUGCGCGAGGAGAACCAAAACCUGCAUGUCCUCCGUGAGGAGAACCGGCUGCUGCAGGAGGAGAACCGGGCACUACACGUGCUGCGCGAGGAGCACAGGGUCUUCCAGGAGGAGAACAAGGCCCUGUGGGAGAACAACAAGCUAAAACUGCAGCAGAAGCUGGUCAUCGACACGGUGACCGAGGUCACUGCGCGGAUGGAAAUGCUCAUUGAGGAACUCUACGCCUUCAUGCCGGCCAAGACCAAGGACCCCAAGAAGCCCAGCAGGGUCUGA